AUGAAAAGCACGAAAGUUCCAUGGUUGGAAGAAUGGAGGUUUCCAUCUUCUAACCGAUCUGCUUCAGUGCUGAACGUGAUUCGAAUAAUAAGCGUGGAAACUAGCACGAUCGAACAAUUAUGGGAUCCGGACAGCAGCGGCGGUCAGUCUCGUUCGCUCCUCGACGAGAAAACGUACCGCAGUGCAGAGGCAGAACGCCAGGGUUCACUGAAUGACAUCUCAGAGGUGACGGACGCCAGCGGUAGCAUCCUGUUGUUGUCAUUUUUCGGUCUUCCGGUUACUCCGGAGAAAAUGAUCUACGUCAGCGUUAUUUUACUGGUGACGAUUCUGCUGAUUUUGACCAGUCUGUUGACAAUAACCGUCAUAGCAACGUCCGAGUCGCAGAGGAACAUCAUUGGAUAUUACAUGACGUCACUUGCCAUAUCGGACUUGCUGUGUGGCACCCUGGUGACACCGGUUUCGAUAUACGGUGCGCUGGACGAGUCUUGGAAGGCAGACCUGAAGUCGGCUGUUUGCAAGUUCGAGACUUACACCGAGCUUGUGCUAAUCGGUAGCGUUGUCUAUAUAUUCAUGUGGAUCGGUGUCGAUCGACACAUUGCGCUGGCAAGGCCGACUCGCUACGAAGUGGAGCAAACGUUUACUCGUUGCAAGUGCUGGAUCAUUUUUAGCUGGGUAACCUCAGCGCUGUUAUGCUGCCCAAUCCUUUUCAGCGACAUGCCGUCCCAUUUUAUUGAAACGACCUUUCUAUGCAGUUUAGACUGGAGCGAAAUGAUGCCUUACACAAUUGCAAUAGGUAUGCUGGUGUUUGUGCCCAGCUUCGUGUGCAUCACCUACACGUACAGCUACAUUUUCAGCAAUCUCAGGCAUCCUGAGAAUUUGGAGGACAGUCAGAAAACACAACUGGAAAACGACCAUUCUUUUAUUACUACCUUUUUUGUCAUUAUCUCAUUUACUAUUAGCUGGCUGCCCGUUUUGUCUUUAAGAGCAUAUGAAGUUUUUAUUCAGUUCAAAGUACAACUGCCAAACCUUCAUUUCAGUUUGAUGUGGCUUGCAAUUGCAAGUGGUGCUUGGAAAUUGUUUAUUUAUUGCAUGAUGAGCAAAGACUUCAAAAGUUCUUUAUGUCGUAUCCUCAUUCGACCUUGGUGUCCAGGUUAUGCAACUAGAAGUGACGCCGAAAGAUGCUUAGAAAGUGGAUAUUAG